AUGACGAAGACGUAUCUCAUGAACAGCCUGAUUGAAAAAAUGCAAUCUCCGGACCAGGACUUUCGAUUUAUGGGUCUAAACGACCUGAUGAGCGAGAUCAAACAAGAUCCAGCCAGCUUCAUCGGAGACGAGCCUACCGAGACGAAGGUCCUCAAACAAGUACUUUCCUUGGUGGAAGAUAAGAUCUCGGAAGUCAAGAAUCAAGCCGUCAAGUGUCUGGGUCAAUUGAUCAAGAUCAUUCGCGAAACGCAGAUGGAACUCGUGGUUGAUAGCUUAAUCAACUUCUCAGUGGGAAAAGACGACGAACUGCGUGAUAUCUCUGGGUUGGCAUUGAAAACGAUUACUUCUGAGUUGCCACUGGAAGGCAAAAUCACUCCCAGAGCAUGCGCAAAGCUUGCACCAAAGCUUCUACAGCAAGUUUCGGAUACGGAAACCCCACCGGAGACUUUGAUUGAGACAUUAUCAACGCUAUCUAUACUCAUCACUCGUUUUCCAGCCCACGUAUCUGAUCCAGCCCUUACGCCGCACCCUCUGCCUGCAAUAGCGCCGCUUCUUUCACAUUCUCGUCCCGCUGUACGCAAACGUGCUAUUCUGACGCUCUCUCAAUACGUCCCUGUAGCUCCUCCUGCGCUCGUCAACGAUCUAUUACAAAACUACAUCCUCCCGUUCCUUUCGCCUAACGCUAACCUCGAAAAGCAGCGCACGACCGUGCAUCUGGUUGCUGCUAUCAUACGGCAGGCACCGCAGCAGCUGACGUCAGUGUACAACGACAUCAUACCUGGGGUCGUCAAAGCUGUUCAGAGGGACGACGAUGAACUUCGUGAAGGUUGUCUUCAGGCUCUUGAGACGCUACUCUUGAGGUGCCUGACAGAAGCGGCACCGUUCCUAAGCUCGAUAGUACAGAUAGGAAACCAGUUCAUCAAAUAUGACCCGAAUUAUGCUGGACAGGAUGAUGACGAGGACGAAGAGAUGGUAGACGCAGAUGAUGACGAGGACGACGACACCGAUCUUGAUGAGUACUCGGACGAUGAAGAUACAUCGUACAAGAUCCGGCGUGCUUCUACCAAACUUCUAGCUGCUGUGAUCACUACUCGCCCCGAGCUUCUGACUUCACUGUACAAAGAGGUAUCGCCUGUGCUGAUAUCGAGGUUUGGUGACAGGGAGAAAACUGUUCGGCUCGAAGUAUGGGCAACUUACGGUGUUCUACUCAACCAGACUAGCAUGUACGGCGGCCUGUCACAAUCUCAGGAGAAUGAUUCCGCCAUUAGGAAGAGGAAAAGAGAUAGCGAAGAGAGGAUGGAUGUCGAGGAAACGCCAUAUACCCUUCUGCGCUCACAGGUUUCUUCGUUAUCCAAGGCCUUGCUCCAGCAGCUCAAGUCUCCAAAGACUCCACCACCGACGCUUCAGGCAGGCUUCCAGCUUCUGCACGCUCUGCUUGGCGUUCUUCCUGGUUGCCUUUCCAACCAAAUUAUACCCAUUGCCGCAAUCUCUCAAUCUGUGUUGCUUCAAUCGCCAGCGACUUCAACUUCGGCCCUUCACCUUACAUGUCUCUCCUUCAUUGCAUUAUAUUUCGCGACGCAUGCUCCCGGGACAUUUUCUGUGUCACUUCCUACUCUAACACCUGUUCUUUUGAAGUCGGCUGGAGAGAAACACCCUCGAGUUGCUUCAGAAGCUUUCCGCGUCUUCUCUGCUCUACUCAAUGCCACGAGGCCCGUAAAGAGUUGCGAAUGGGCGGAGCGUUUGUACGAUCAAGCUUUUCAGCGUCUCAGUACCCAUGACACAGAUGCUGAGGUUCGCGGAUGUGCUGAAGACUGCAUUGCAGACCUAUGGAUUUGCGCUCCUGAUGUCAUCAAACCGAAAGGCGGAAAAGAAUGGCAAGCUAUAUGUCGGACCACGGGUAAUACAGGAGGAGCUGUUAGAGUGGUCACGAAAGUUGCGAGGGAUGUGGAAAUGAGUGACGACUGGGUGAACAGUUGCGUUGAAUGGAUCAUGGGUCUACUUAAGAAGAGUGAGAGGGGAGGAAAACCGGAGAUAUUUAUCGCCCUCGAUACUCUUCUAAAAAGAUAUUCAUCUGGCGUUCCUACCGAUCUGCCACCCACUUUGGUCCCCCAGAUCAGACCAUAUAUAUCGACGACAGACAUUUCCUUGCUGUCUCAUGCAUUGACCAUCAUUACAGUGUUACUCGAGCUAUCUCCGACCACUACUUUCCCUGCAGUUGAGCGUGAGCUCCUUGGCGAUAUCUAUCAGAUUGCACAUUCGCCUCUUGUCUCAGGAGCUGCUCUCGAUUCACUUCUAAUGUUCUUCUCUUCGUUGGUGCAGGCUGACAGUCAAAUUGCAACCCAUGUUGUUCCCAACUUGGCAACAUUAGCGGAAAAGGCCAACAAGUCAGACACCAAUUUAGCCAAUGUCGCUAAAUGCAUCGGCCAAGUUGUCCAGAGCGAUCAGGGAGUGGCAGCAGGAACCAUCGCGGUCUACUCCAAGUAUAUAAAGAAAUCUUCAAAGUCAAAGUUCACCACUUCUGUUGUGGUGUUAAGUCUGCUGAUUGUUGGAGAACUUGGCCGUUUCAUUGAUAUGUCGAAGCAACAAGAUACGUUUAGCAGUACUAUCGAACAUUUUGCAGCAGAAGAAGAGGAGAUUCGUGCUGCUGCUGCAUUCGCUGCCGGAAAUAUUGCUAUCGGAAAUCUUCAUCAAUUCUUACCUGCAAUCCUCAGGGUUGCAGAGAGUGACCCGCACAAGAAACUGCUGUCGUUGCAUGCAUUGAAGGAGGUCGUCACACAUUGCUCGCAUGGGCAGCUCGAAGGUGUUGCAGAGCAGCUCUGGGAUGCGGAGGACAGUACACGCAAUGUUGCCGCUGCCUGUCUAGGCAAACUUACUACAACACAUCCCACACGAUAUCUCCCACAACUUCACUCUCGUAUCCAUGACGAGAACCCUGCAGCACGCGCCACUGUCGUAUCUGCUAUCCGACAUACGCUCGCGGAGUCAUCGCCAUCGUACGACGAGCUUUUGGCAUCGCUCAUCAUGGACUUCUUGGAUUUAAUACAUGACAAGGAUUUGAUUGUCCGCCGACUUGCGUUGUCCGCUCUCAACUCUGCGGCAAGAACAAAGCCCCACCUCAUACGCGAUCACCUUCCAACUCUGCUCCCGAGCCUCUAUGCGGAGAUGAAAGUCAAUCCCGAUCUAAUUCGUACAGUCCAAAUGGGGCCUUGGACACACAAAGUCGAUGACGGUCUCGACGCGCGCAAGACCGCAUGGGAGACACUGUACACCCUUCUCGAUACCUGCCUCACCAAACUCGACCUGUCGAUCUUCCUCUCGCACUUGCUUGCAGCCAUCAGCGAUCCGUCGGACGAGAUCAAAGUGAUUGGACACAUGCUCCUUGUACGGCUGUCAGCGUCUCCGACAACAUCCAUCGCACUUGCGCAGCGCCUCGACGAACUUACACCCUCUCUUGAAACGACGAUGCGCGGGACAGCCGUCACUAAAGACACGGUGAAGCAGGACAUCGAACGCGCGGCAGAGCUACGGAGGAGCACGAUGCGUGCUGUCGCUGCCCUCAGCAAAAUUGACAGUGCGGGCAGCGCGCCCAAGUUCGACACCUUUGUGGAGGAAUCGCGAAAGAAUGAGCAAUGGGGCCUAGAAUUCAGGGAGUUACUUGGACGCUGAAGGAUUUCACUAUGCAGGCAGUGUACUAGGGCUAGACUAUAUCUGU